AUGGCUAAUCCCAGUGCUGUCUGCAAUGGACACCUACAUCAUCAUCAUCAUCAGAAACAGAAUAACCUCUUAAAAAGUGGAAUCUAUAAGAAAAAUGGAAUUACUAAAGGAAUUAAGAAGAAUGGUGUAUCAAAUGGAACACUCUACAAAAGAACAUUUAUUGAGCACUUUGAACAGGCACCUAUGUAUGUUGCUGUUCUUACUUUCCUGGGUUUUGGAGUGGGAACAAUAUUUGGCUACCUGCGAGAUUUUAUGAGAGCCUGGGGACUAGAAAAACGUAACAUUGCUGCAGAGAGAGAACAACAAAAAGAUUUUGUGCCACUUUAUCAAGAUUUUGAGAACUUUUUCACCAGAAACCUCUAUCUGAGAAUACGGGAUAACUGGAAUCGUCCAAUUUGCAGUGUCCCUGGGCCACAGUUUGACCUCAUGGAACGUGUUACAGAUGAUUACAACUGGACAUUUAGGUUUACAGGAAGGACUAUCAAGAAUGUUAUCAAUAUGGGUUCUUAUAACUACCUCGGCUUUGCAGAAACAGAUGUUAAUGCUUUGAAAACUGUGACCAUAGAGUUAGAAAAAUACGGGACAGGAAUCUGCAGUACCAGACAAGAAAUGGGCACCUUAGACAAACAUGUAGAACUAGAGAAACUUGUGGCCAAGUUCCUUGGUGUGGAAGAUGCUAUGGUGUUUGGCAUGGGCUUUGCAACUAACUCAAUGAAUAUUCCAGCCCUUGUUGGAAAGGGCUGCCUCAUUUUAAGUGAUGAGUUGAACCACACUUCUCUUGUUCUUGGUGCGAGGCUUUCAGGCGCCACUAUUAGAAUCUUCAAGCAUAAUAAUAUGCAGAGCCUCGAGAAGUUGCUGAGAGAUGCAAUAAUAUAUGGGCAGCCUCGCACCCACAGAGCAUGGAAAAAAAUUCUCAUCCUCGUGGAAGGCAUUUACAGCAUGGAAGGGUCCAUCGUGCGCCUGCCAGAAAUAGUCUCCUUGAAGAAGAAAUACAAAGCCUACCUCUACUUGGAUGAAGCUCACAGCAUUGGUGCAGUGGGAGCAACAGGCCGAGGAGUUGUGGAGUACUUCGGUAUGAACCCUGAUGAUGUUGAUGUAUUAAUGGGAACGUUCACAAAGAGCUUUGGCGCAGCUGGAGGAUACAUAGCUGGCAAGAAGGACCUUGUGGACUUUCUACGAACUCAUUCUCACAGUGCUGUGUAUGCCACAUCAAUGUGUCCACCUGUAGCAGAGCAAAUCAUCAGGGCAAUGAAAUGUCUCAUGGGACUAGAUGGGACAACACAAGGGCUCCAAAGAGUGCGCCAGCUGGGGAAAAACACAAGAUACUUCAGGCGAAAACUGCAUGAAAUGGGCUUCAUCAUUUAUGGCAAUGAUGAUUCUCCUGUUGUCCCCUUGCUCCUUUAUAUGCCUGGUAAGAUAGGGGCUUUUGCAAGACGCAUGUUAGAAAAAAAUAUCGGGGUGGUCGUGGUUGGGUUUCCAGCUACUCCUAUCACAGAAUCCAGGGCUCGGUUCUGCGUGUCGGCGGCACAUACACGGGAGAUGNNNNUACAGGUUUUGAAUGCUCUGGAUGAAUUGGGUGAUUUUCUACAUCUGAAAUAUUCCCGGUAUUCCAAGUCAGCUCAUCCUGAACUGUAUGAAGAAACUAGGCUUGAAUUUGAAGAUUAA